AUGAUUUCUAAGGUUGUAUUCGUCGCUUUAUUGGCUAUCGCCACGGUUCACGCUAAGCCAGGAGGCAGAAGAUCUCCACCAUGCGGAAUCCCACCAUUCUUGGACAGCCUUCCCGAGGAUGCUCAAGAGAAGAUCAACGACAUCUGGAAGGACUACAAAGAGGGAGACAAGUGUUAUGAGGAACAAGGAUUGACUCGUGAAGUCAUUGAUGCUCUUCCAAAAGACGCCAGAAAGAACCUUCACAAGAGACCAACUCUUCCAUUCUUGAAGGGACUUCCAAAGGAGACUCUCGCCAAGUUCGAGGAGAUCUUCAAGGACAAAUCUAUCAAGUGGAGCGAGAAACCAGAGAAGAUCGAGGCUCUUGCUGAGAAGGAACUUUCUGGAGAUAACUUGAAGAAGUUCAAGGAGUUCAAGGAGAAGAAGGAGAAGGAGGAUAAGGAAUACAAGGAGAAGGAAUCCAAAUUGUCUGAUGAGGCCAAGACUGCUCACGAGAAGAUCGAGGCAUUGAACAAGCAGAAGUUCGAGAUUCUGGGAGAUUUGAGCGAGAAGGCCAAGGAAGAGCUCUUCGAUUUGUGGAGAAGCCGUCCACACUUCAGAGGAGGACGUCAUGGAGGAAAGCACUAG